GUUGCUUGCCAGAAAACGGAAUUGUGAAAAUGGCGAUAAGUGCACGGGAUACGUUCCCGCUAAUUACAUUGCCAGGAAAGAAAGUAUAGUCGCAGAACCGUCUUGAAGGAUCUCAAUCCUAAAUGCCGACUGGCCACUCACUUCCCUCCUUAGAUGCGACCUGACUGCCGAGUUCGUUCAAUAUGUUGUAUGAUGCUCCAGAUUUCUAGUGUCUGCGGUCCCUUGUGUCUCCCCUUUAUUUUACAUCAAAAUAACUCGUAACAUGACCAUUUUUCUAACUCUGAGUGAAGUACCAAAACGUUGGAAAAAAAUUAAUAUUCGACUGACGGGAGUUUGAGAAACGGCCAUUGUCGCGAGUAAAUCUCAAUGGAGUAAUACCAUACCUGCACACUUCUGAAGAAAAACCUUGGCAAAGAAAAUCGUACGUUACUUAUGUACACAAUCGAUAUAAUCUUCCGUCUGUCUACACCACCUCUGUUUACUUUUUGUAGCUGGUUUGCUGGGAAACUGAGCCGAUCUAAUGCAAAAGGUAUCCUUUCCAAGCAGCCUAUAACUGGGUCCUUCCUCAUCCGUGAAAGCGACAGUCAAGAAAGUGCAUACGCACUCUCAGUACUAGAUGGAACCAUUGUAAGACACUAUCAUAUCUUCCAAAGCAAAGCUGGGCAGUUUUACCUGAAUGUAGCCAAUCAAUUUUCCAGUCUGAAAGAACUGGUGGAAUACUACAAAUUACAUAAUCUUCGGUCAGGCCUCCAGUUAACUAGACCUUGUCAGAAACAACAUCAACCAAAUAUAAGAGAUUUGUCCCAUUGGACUGUGGAUGACUGGGAGAGGCCCAGGUCAGAAUUCGCUUUAACAGAAAAGCUGGGUUCAGGACAUUUUGGAGAAGUAUAUGCUGGAUAUUGGAAUGAUACUGUUCAAGUCGCCAUCAAGACAGUAGAAGUUGGUUUAAUGAAUGCAAAAGAUUUCAAGAGAGAAAUGCAGAUUAUGAAGAAGUUGCACCAUCCACAUCUAUUAUCUCUGUAUGCAGUAUGCACGACAGCUACUCCUUUCUACAUUGUGACUGAACUAAUGAAAUAUGGCAGUCUGCUAAAUUAUUUACGAAGUAAAAAAGGAUCCUGUUUAAACUUGGGACAUUUACUUGACAUGAUAAUACAAGUAGCAGAGGGGAUGUCAUACCUUGAAUCACAAAAUUUUGUCCAUCGUGACUUGGCUGCAAGAAACAUUCUAAUUGGAGAUAAUCACACUUGCAAGAUUGCCGAUUUUGGAUUAGCCAGAUUUAUGAAGGAUGAAAUGUAUGUGUCACAAUCUACUACAAUUCCAUAUAAAUGGACUGCCCCAGAAGCUAUUGAACAUGGUUAUUUCUCUGUGAAAUCUGAUGUGUGGUCUUUUGGAAUUCUCCUUUAUGAAGUAGUAACUUACGGCAAAACCCCAUAUCCAGGUAUGAACAAUCACGAAGUAGUGAAUAUGGUUUCUCAAGGUUACCGAAUGCCUUGUCCUGAUGGAUGUCCAAAGAUACUGCACAAAGUUAUGUUAAAUUGCUGGGAGAAAGUAGCAUCUAACCGCCCAUCAUUUGCAAUGUUAAUAAGUAAUCUGUUAGCCUUCAACAUAAAUCAUUUAUGUUAAGCCAGAAAUGUGAAAAUUAAAACAACUGUUGAUUCUGAGAUAAAAAUAGAAAAUUCUCAGCAAUACUCAGCAAUUCAGGCAGCAGCUGUGGAAAGAGAAACGGAGUUAACGUAUCAUGUUCAAUGCCUUUCAAUAGAGCCUUUGUUAGUGAGAUGUCACUUCUGUCUCGUUUUCUAUAAAUGAUGAAUGUUCACCAUUUUCUGUUUUAAUUUGGCAGUAUUAUUUCUGGAAUGCAUCUAACUGCAUGCAAAUGUAAACCCACUUAAUUUCUACAUUAAGUAGUGAGUUAAUUUUCUAUGGCAUCACCAGAGCUGUACAAAACAUAGAAUACAAUUUAUUUCUUACCAUUAGCAACAUGUGGUUCCUUUUUAUAAAGAUCUUGAAAGUAAUCUUAUCAAUAUCCAAUGAUUACUGCCUAUAAGUGUUGCGGAUAAUUAGGAGAAUUUUUUUUUAAUUUAAAUAUUUUACUUUGAUAAUUUUUUAUGGGAAGAGAGGGAAGUUGUGUAGAUGAGGGCUGGGUAUAUUUGCCUCUUUGAAUUAAGCAUAACAAAACAUAUUUUAAUGAUUGUGAUGACAGUUCAGUCAAGAGAUGAAUUGAAAACAUCCAAAUCCACUGCAAGUCACUUUCUUUGGAAUAUACAUUUGUAAAUACAUUUUCUUUCCUUGGAACUGGCCAAAAUACUCGAGGGUCAGUGGUAUUUUUCCCCUUUGGUGAAAUAGGCAUCCAGGUACAGUAGGACCCCAACUAAGACUCCUAUUGAAAUAGGCAUUGGAAGUCAGGUGGCAAUGGGGUCAAGUCAGUAGAUAGACAAAAUUCCAUGGUGCAGGUUAACGUUAGCAAGAGAAAAUCUGCAGAUGCUGGAAAUCCAAGCAACACACACAAAAUGCUGGAGGAUCUCAGCAGACCAGGCAGCAUCUAUGGAAAAGAGUAUACUCAACAUUUUGAGCUGAGGUUAAAUCUACUGUGAGUCAAUGUUGUAAAAUAAUAAAACAUGAAUACAUUUCCGAGGGGGGGGGGUUGAAUUCUUUCUAUAGGCACUGUAGGUAUUUAAAAGUGAAAGGAGUUAUUGUAUAUUUGUACAUUAUUGCCCAGACCUCAAUAUUUAAUUUUCCCACAAACCAAAAUCAAGAAUCCAUGCAAAACUGGGGAGUAAUAACCUAACCAACACAACCACUAAUACUAUAUAAUUAACAUUCAUAAGUUUAAAAUUGCUUUUAUCUCAUUUGUUUAAUUUUGAUUGUGUGAGUUAUAAACAUCUGUUAAUAUUGAAAUAUUCAAAUCAUUUAAUAUAUGAA